GAACUGUCAAUUUCGAAAAUGACCAUCAGUUGUGCCAACGAAUUUAAUGUUCUUUGCUGGUAUCAGGUCAUUGCUAUUCAACCAUAUAAACAAUUGAUUCAACAAAAUAAAUAGAACAACUCCCCUUUUAAUUCAUCGCCAGCCAACAUAGUUCAAUUCUUUUUUUCAACUUCAUUCAAAUGAAGUUUAUUUCACUUUUAGUCACUUUAAAUUUGAUUUUUUCUGCCGAAUGCAAUAAAUAUCCGAUUGUUAUUAAUACAUGGGGAUUUUCAUCGGCUACCGCAAAGGCAUGGGAAAUAAUACAAAAGACUGAUCGAACUGCAAUCGAUGCGAUAGUGGACGGUUGUGCAAUUUGCGAACGGGAACAAUGUGAUGGAACGGUUGGUUUUGGUGGUAGUCCCGAUGAAAAAUCAGACGUUGCACUCGACGCCUUAAUAAUAGAUGGGAAAACAAUGAACAUUGGUGCCGUUGGAUCGAUGCGAAAUAUAAAAAAUGCUAUUGGCGUUGCACGGCAUGUCCUAGAAAAUACGCAACAUACAUUUCUAGUCGGUGAUGGUGCAACCGAAUUUGCCGUACAGAUGGGCUUCAAAAAUGAAUCAUUAACCACACAACAGUCAAACGAUAUGUGGAAACAAUGGAAAUCAAAUCGAUGUCAACCGAAUUUUUGGACGAAUGUACAGCCGGAUUCGACGAGAUUCUGUGGCCCAUAUGAACCAACUAUGGCGAACAGUGUUUAUGGUAAUAUGGGUAACAAUGAAUUUAAUAGCCAAAAUCAUGAUACAAUUGGCAUGAUUGCAAUCGAUUCGGAUGGUAAUAUUGCAGCAGGGACAUCGACCAAUGGGGCACGUUUUAAAAUUCCCGGACGUGUUGGAGAUUCGCCGAUUCCAGGCUCUGGUGCAUAUGCGGUGAAUGGUGUUGGUGCGGCUGCAGCGACUGGCGAUGGUGAUGUGAUGAUGCGAUUUUUACCCUCAUUUGUGGCUAUUGAAAAUCUACGUAAUGGCAAAACACCAAAGAAAGCCGCUCAAUUGGCAAUUGAACGUAUACGCGAAUUUCAUCCAAAAUUCUUUGGCGGCAUCGUUGUGAUGAAUCAUAAUGGUGAAUAUGCUGCCGCCUGCAAUGGUAUGGAUAAAUUUCCAUUUUCAAUUGGAUCCAAAGACGUUGGCAUUCGUGUAGAAUAUGUUCCAUGUACUUAGUUAGUCC